AUGUUAUUUUCAUUACCUUUUCAAGUUAUUUGUCAGCAGUUUUCUUUUCUUGAUUUUAACUUUUUACGACAAAAUUCCGGUAUAAAAUUAUAUACAAAGAAUUAUUUAAAGCUAAAAUUUCAUACAAAAAUUUUCUUAAUUCAAAUGUUUCAGGAAUUUCCUAAAAAUAAUUCGACGAUAGCAAACAGUGACUAUUGCGAUGAUAAUGAAGGAGAAGAGGAGAAGCAAUAUCCGAUAAAAAAAUUUAGCACUUCGUAUAAUCUGGGGAUCGCUUUCGAAGAUUUGAUAAAAGUAGUCAUUAAUGUGAUGAAAGAAACUGGAAUAAUUAAUAAAAAAGUUUCGGACAAAGAAAAUCCAGAAGAAAUCCUCAGAAAAAAACGAAAAAUGAACAAUGAAGCAGCAGCGCGAUAUAGACGACGACAAAAAGAAUUUCGUGAGGAUGUCGAAUUGGAAUUUGAGAAUUUAUUAAACAAAAAUGAAUCCCUAAAAAAGGAAAUUAAACGUUUAAAGCACGAAGUAGAUGAAUUAAAAGAAUUUUUGCUGCACGAGAAAAAUCCCUUUUUUUAA